UUGACCGAUCUGCUGUUAGGUCUUGGAUCUGUUAUCAUUUCGUUUUAGUUUUACAUACCUACAUAUAUUUGCUUUAUUUUCUGAAACAUACAUUCCGGUUAAAAUUUGUAGCAAAUCAAUUGCAAUGCCAGUGGAAGCAAAAAUAGGUCCAUCGAUUUUGAAUGCUGAUUUAGCUGACUUGGCACAGGAGUCGCAGAAGUUGUUAAAUAAUGGUGCCGAUUACCUACACUUGGACGUAAUGGAUGGGCACUUUGUACCAAACCUUACUUUUGGUCACUCACUAGUAAAGUGUUUGCGGAAUAAAAUUAAGAAAGAUUUUUUCGAGACUCACAUGAUGGUAUCACGCCCACAGCAAUGGAUUGAACCUAUGGCUGAUGCAGGUGUAAACCUUUAUACAUUCCACAUUGAACCAGUAAUGAAUGAAGUCUCAAAUGUGUGCCGGAAAGUGCGCGAAUCGGGAAUGAAAGUCGGACUUGCGCUGAAACCGGGUACCGAAGUCGAAGUAGUUGAAAAGUAUGUAGAUAUUGCAGAUGUGGUACUGGUAAUGACGGUCGAACCUGGCUUUGGUGGACAAUCAUUUAUGGCAAAUAUGAUGCCUAAAGUGGAGUGGCUGCGACAGCACUAUCCAAAUUUAGACAUUGAAGUGGAUGGCGGCGUUGGGCCGAAAACUAUUGAAGCUUGUGCGAAGGCUGGGGCCAAUAUGAUUGUUUCUGGUACAGCUGUUAUUCAAGCGCCUAAUCAACACGAUGUCAUAAAUUUACUAAGGAGCACGGUUCAAAAAUAUACGAAUAGUACAUGUACUCAUGUGCACUGAAAGUUUACCUGGUUUCCUUGACUAAUGGAGUUAGAAAUAUGUACCAAGUAAGAAUGGAUAUAUCAUACCUACUGGGGAAAUAUGAAAAAUUGAAUGGGUGAACAUUUUUUUUACUAUUAUGUACGAUGUAGGGUCUACCUUGUGGACUAAAAAAAUAAAGAAAAAAGAAACACAAAUAAAGUAAUAUCUUAAAACGUAA